AUGGCCAUCAAGCGCAUUGCCCGACAUGUACUGCAUAUCAUGUCGUGCCCGCUGGAGCCAUGUAUUGCAUUCUGCAGUUGUGGUGGUCAUUCAUUCUAUGUGCGAGCGACUUCUUUGACCCCUGCCUUCUAUCAGUCAUUGAUAGAUAGAUGCUGGAGGCGCUCGGGUCGUUUGCUCUAUAGGCCAAAUCAGCGCGAUUCCUGCUGUCCUCACUAUACUCUGCGAUUGGACUCAUCACAGGCCCACAUUUCAAAGGACCAGCGAGCAGCCGUCAACCGUUUCAACAAGUUUGUUCUUGGCGACGAAUACAUCAAGCAGGCCGAUCGCCUUUAUCCCAGGUCUCAUGAAGAGUCCAGGCGCCGGAAGCAGGAAUUCGACUUGGUAGAGCGCAUCCACGAGGCGGAAACUCAGCGCCUGCAAACUCCACCACAACCAGCCCACACUUUUGAGGUCACCUUGGAACCCGACAUCUUCACUGAGGAGAAGUAUGCAGUGUUUGAAAACUAUCAGCGCAUCGUACAUCAGGAAGGCCCGUCGGACAUUUCUCGCGACGGCUUCCAGCGCUUCCUUUGUGACUCGCCACUGCGAAGCGAGAUUUUGCGGUCAGAAGCUGGUAAGGAGAGGCAGCUUGGUUCUUUCCACCAGUGUUAUCGUCUUGAUGGAAAACUGGUUGCAGUUGGCGUUUUGGACCUGCUCCCAGAAUGUGUGAGUGCAAAGUACUUCCUCUAUCAUGAGUCGAUACACAAAUAUCAGCCAGGCAAGCUCGGAGCUUUGCACGAGAUUGCUCUGGCAGCGGAAAAGGGAUAUCGCUACUGGUAUUCGGGUUUCUAUAUUCACACCUGCCCGAAAAUGAGGUACAAGAUCGACUUCAAGCCACAAUUCGUGCUGGAUCCAGAGCGAUAUGUCUGGCAGCCACUUAAUAGUGAAACUUUGAAGCUCUUUGAUGGAAAGGGGUAUCUGCAUUUGUCAGAAGAUGGGUCACCUAGACCUCCCCUAGAGACUGUCCCAGGUGCUGAGGACACUUCAAUGGUCAUCGAAGAUUCCAACCCGCCAGACGUCGAAGACGGCGAUAACAGAGGCGUGGAAGAUGUGGAUGAUGACGCGGAGGACGAAGAUGAGGAUGAAGACGAAAGUAUAUCACUUCUUCAAAGCAAUAUGCCCGGCUUGCCUUCUAUAGACAUUCUGCGACAGGCCCCACUUGAUUUCAUACCGGUACGACUCAAUCAUGGCGUCCUGCCCGCGGGCGACCUCUUCCAGUGGGAUGAUGAGGAUAUCGCCGACGCAAAAGCGCCAAAGGGUAUGGUUGCAGACAUGGUGGCUGCCAUGGGCCCGGAACUCCUGCUGCAAUGGGCACUGGACUUUCGACGCCGAGACACAUGA